ACAGCUCCGGGAUCCAUUUCCCUACCUGCCCCAGCAUAUCAGUCCAGUUCCUUGGGCGCUCGGUGUGGAGCCGGACCCCUGGAUCGCUGCCUGGCAACUCCUGGGACAUGCUGAGUCCAUAAGGUCCCUGCCUGGAUGUUCCCAUGGCAACGCGAUGGCGGCUCUGUGUGUGCAGCCUGGGGCUCCUCCUCCUGGCGCCGUGUGCUCUCGCUGAGAAGUUCUCCUUAGCUGGUUCCCAGCACCCUGUGGUGGGGGUCAUUGGCCAGGAAGUGGUGUUACCCUGCCAGCUCUCACCUCCGGCCCGACUGUCCAAUAUGGAAGUGUUGUGGAGGAAAAUUGGCACAGAAUUUAUCCCAGUUCAUGAGUACUCAGAUGUGGGUCCAAAGGACCAGACAGGGGAGGGUUACCAGAGCCGGACGGAGCUGUUCCCACAGGAGUUCAGCAACGGGAACGUCUCCCUGAAGUUGAAACGGCUCCAAAUGACCGAUGGUGGGAGAUACCACUGCUAUGUGAAGAACCUAGAAUGGAGCCAGGAAACCACCACCGAGCUACAGGUUGCAGCUGUGGCUCCAGUGUUCAUUGAUGUGCUAGGUCCUCAGAACAGUGGGAUCGGGCUGGCCUGUAGAUCCACAGGCUGGUUCCCCAAACCUGAACUCCAGUGGGUUGGGAAGAACCUGGAGAUGGAAUUUGUGACCGAUGUUACUCAGGACACGGAGAACCUGUACAGUGUUGUGAGUUACAUCACUGUCACAGAAAAGGAAAACAGUGGAGACAUCAGCUGUAUAGUGCAGAAUGGCCUCCUGGAACCCGAGCGACAAUCGGCCAUUCAUCUCACAGGUGGCAUCUUCCCCCAGGUGUCUCCCUGGCUGAUUGCAUUCUUGAUAUUGCUCGCUCUGGCUCUCAUUGGUGUCGGUGCUUGUGCAUAUCUUGGAUACACAGCCAAGCGAAAGGUCUCUCAGAAGAAACGCUCUGAAGAGGAGGCUCCGUUAACUCAUGGUGAUAAGAGGAAGGUACAGGAAUCAGAAUUCCAAUACCUGCAUAAAAAGAUCGCGACUCAGGAGAAUAAUAUCCAAAAGCUGGAAACAGAAUGCCAGCAGUUGCGUAAAACAAAAGAGCUUCAGGAGAUUGAGAUCAAGGAGCUGAAAUCAGAAUCUCAGGAGAAUGAGAUCAAGCAGCUGAAAUCAGAGAAGGAGGAAGAAAUAGAGACUAAACCAUCACCUCUCCAUUCCCCCUCGCCAGGACUCAGGAAUGAUUCAAUGGAGCUGGCAGCAGCAGCAACGUCUCAUCCUGUACUGCCCUUGGAUGAAGAGAAGAAGGAGGAGGAAGAGAUAGAGACUGCAAAGGAGGUGACAGAAGCAGAGAAGAAGAAGGAGGAAGAGAUAGAGACUGCAAAGGAGGUGACAGAAGCAGAGAAGGAGGAGCAGAACAAGCUUGAGAAAUCAGAGACCUGAAUGCACUUCUGGCCUGUCUGAUUCAUGAAAGACCUCCCCUGGCAGCCUCUGCUUGAACCAAAGUUGAUCAGAAGAAAGACUUGCAAAUAGAUAUAAAAAGGCAGGGGAAGGCACACCUAGAACACUCUGUCAACAAUUACAGGAUUAAGGAAAUGCCCCCAUUUUGCUUUGCAUCAGAGAUGUCAGGGAAGCAUCUCCAUUAGCUUAUAGAAUGAAGACCAGCAAUUCCAAUUAAAGAACCAUCCUGAACUCUGGGACCAAGAAAGCAGAAAAGCACUGCAUGAUGGGGAACCUCUGCUCCAGAUCUUAACAGUUCCAUUCUGGCACACACUCCAGGCCCAGCAAACUCUCUGAUUUGGAACUACUCAGAUCCUGAGGGUGCAGGACCAGGGGUUUCCAAUCUGCACUGAAAGUGCCUAAUUGCACUAUGAGCUCCCUCAAAGGAACACUGCCUAUAGCCAUGAAAAGUGGUAGAAAUUAUCCAUUACAAAGAUAGCUUCCCCAAUUAUCACCUCUAAUAUCAUUAGCUCACAGACAUUUACCUCCCUCCCUUUCUCCC